AUGACUCUCCUAAACCAUGCUUCUGCAAGUGGUCAGGGCCAUGGUAACGGUCUCUUUACUCCGAAGAUUGACACACACUCCCAUGUGUAUCCUGACUUCUACCAACAAGCUGUCAUAGAUGCAGGGUGGACGCCCGGGCCAGAUGGCAAUGCAGCUCCUCCUAAUUGGACCCUUGAAUCUCAUCUUGCCUUUAUGGACACCAACAAUAUCGAGAGGAGCAUUGUCAGCUGUUCCAGCCCAGGAACGUUUCUCGAACCCAACAACACCGAAGCAGGAGUUGCCUUGACGCGAAGGUUCAACGACUUCAUCGCAGAUCUGAAGAGACAGCAUCCAGAUCGCAUCGGGUUUUUCGCAUCUCUGCCGCUUCCAUCCAUCCAAGAUGCUCUUGAUGAGAUAGACAGAGCCAUAGUGCUUGGAGCUGACGGUUUUGUGCUUUUGUCUAACUAUCAUGGCUUGUAUCAUGGUGAUCCAAAAAUGAAGGUAAUCUACGACAAGCUCAAUUCGCAUGGAGCAGUCAUCUUCAUUCAUCCGACCAACCCGUGUCCGAGGGACGCACCGAUGGACAAGUCAGGCACUGCACGACUUGACUCACUCGCACCAUUGAUGAAUGUUUUCCAGGCACCGACCCUGGAAUUCAUCUUCGACACCACCCGAACAGUUGCGGAUAUGAUCACGUCGGGAACGGUCGCCGCCAAUGAGAACUUGAGAUGGAUCAUCCCACACUGUGGUGCAGCUAUACCAGCAGUGCUCGAUAGAUUCGUUCGGAUUGGUCGCAUUCUCGGCCCCAAAGCAGGAUCUGAUCGCGAUGCCGUACCAUACAACACUACAAGCGCAGUGGCUCUUAUGCAGCGACAAUUUUGGUUCGAUCUCGCCGGAUUCUCCAUGCAUAGCCAGAUUUGGACCAUGGCAAGACUUUUUGGAGCGGAUAAAUUCCUCUAUGGCAGCGAUGCCCCGUUCACAGCCUUUCCAGCCGCUAUUGCUCUUAGCAAAGAGAUGAAUAUCACUCUUCCACAGCUUUUCAAUGAGCAAGAAAUAGGAAUGAUCUUCCAACACAACGCUCGAGCGUUGUUGUCAAAAUGA